ACGCACACCAAUAUUCUGAGUGAAAGCAGAUCUGAAAUCCUGAUAUAAAGUCAUGUGUGUGCAUGUGUGUGCUAUAUUUCAGAAUUAAGCAGUGUGUAUGAGAGAGCUGAGAGGACCAGAGCCUGGAGGUCGAACUCACAAUCAGGACAUAAUCACGCGCAAGAAUGAAGAUUAAAUACACCAUCUCCUUGGUCUUCAUCGUGGCUGUGGUCAUCAUCAAGAAGGAGAGCAACAUCAUCUCCAAGGUCUUGGAUAAGCUCUCUCUGAAGCAGACAGCUCAGACUCCACUCCAGACCAGUGGAUCAUCUUGGUCACCUCUCCGACAAAAUGGUACCAAUGCUCUGGUCCUGUCUGAGCUUGACUUCUCAUCCUAUCUGGAAGUAAAAUGGCAUCUGAAGAACAUCACCGAGCCCAGCAAAGGCAGGAAACACAUACUCCUCUUGGCCACAACGCGUACAGGUUCCUCGUUUGUGGGCGAGUUUUUUAACCAGCAUGGCGCCAACAUGUUCUACUUGUUUGAGCCUCUUUGGCAUGUGGCACGCAUGCUAACUGUGGAGGGUGGAGAGACCAAUGGUACGGCUUUGACAAAGGCUUAUCGUGACGUUCUCCAUCAGCUCUUCUUGUGUGACUUCACCCUGCUGGAGAGCUUCAUCAAGCCACCACCAAAGGACCAUAUCACGACAGGACUAUUUCGUCGUGAGUCCAGCCAGUCGUUAUGCAAAGAUCCCGUCUGCACACCAUUUGUGAAGAAGGGCUAUGUGCCUCCCCAAUGCCGUAACCAGCGCUGCGGUCCACUAAACCUCACAUUAGCAUCCCUGUCCUGCCUGGGGAAGGAGCACCAUGCCAUCAAGUCUGUACGAGUAUGGCAACUGGAGACGCUACGAUUGUUAGCAGAAGAUCCACGACUGGAUUUGAAGGUUAUUCAGCUGGUCCGGGAUCCUCGAGCCACGUUAGCAUCCCGCAUGGUGGCCUUCGCGAACAAGUAUAAAUACUGGAAGAGGUGGACCAUGAGUGGAGACAUUCCCAAGGAUGACAACAAAGUGAGAAAGCUCAGAGAGACCUGCGAGAACAUCCGCAUGUCUGCCGAAGUGGGUCUCAAACAGCCCCCAUGGUUGCAUGGGCGAUACAUGCUAGUGCGCUACGAGGACAUCGCCAUGUUUCCGAUGCUUAAAGCAGUUGAGCUGUACCAGUUUACUGGCAUCCCGUUCACUGCCCAGGUGAAGGAGUGGAUCUUGAGGAACACGCAAGCAUCCAAUAAGGCUAGCGGCAUCUACUCGACCAAGAGAAACUCAUCCCAGCAGGUGGAGAAAUGGAGGUUUAGUAUGCCAUUUAAGCUCGCACAGAUGGUUCAGAAAAUUUGUGGUCCCACCAUGAAUUUGUUCGGGUACACGUUCGCAGAAAGCGAAGAGAUGCUGAUGGACAAAUCGAUCAGUUUGAUCGAAGAUAGGCCUUUCUUAUGACUAUAGAAUAUUUUUUUCACACAGAACUUAGACUUUUUUAGGAACUUUUUUUUUAUUUUAUUAUGGAGAUUUGUUCAGAAACAAGGACAAUGGCUUAAAGAUCAAAUGCAUAGCUAUACACCGUAUCGCAAACGUCAUGGAGACGUGUGGAGAAAAUAAUUUGUCAGAAAUGUUGAUUAUCAUGUUUCUAUAACCUUUUACUGUUACAUUUUACUGUUAUGUUCAUCAGCUAAAUGAUUUAGCAUAGGGCAUCUUUUUUUAAGUUACGUAUUUAUCAUUUCUGCUUUUCAGCUGGUUCAGGUGUCAACUCUGUUACAAAUGCUGCUUUCAUCCCAAAGAUGAAACGUAAGAUGCAAAAGCUUUGCAAAAGCUGAUGGUGGACUCAUGAACAUUAACAUUAGCCAAUGUGAGAGAGGCCUUCAGUUGCUUAGAAAUUACCCUGGGGUCCUUUGUGACCUCGCCGACUAUUACACACCUUGCUCUUGGAGUGAUCUUUGUUGGUCGACCACUCCUGGGGAGGGUAACAAUGGUCUUGAAAUUCCUCCAUUUGUACACAAUCUGUCUGACUGUGGAUUGGUGGAGUCCAAACUCUUUAGAGAUGGUUUUGUAACCUUUUCCUGCCUGAUGAGCAUCAACAACGCUUUUUCUGAGGUCCUCAGAAAUCUCCUUUGUUCAUGCCAUGAUACACUUCCACAAACAUGUGUUGUGAAGAUCAGACUUUGAUAGAUCCCUGUUCUUUAAAUAAAACAGGGUGCCUACUCACACCUGAUUGUCAUCCCAUUGAUUGAAAACACCUGACUCUAAUUUCACCUUCAAAUUAACUGCUAAUCCUAGAGGUUCACAUACUUUUGCCACUCCCAGAUAUCCAACAUCUGAAUUGGACAUUCUGCCCACCAACUUUUUUAAGUCUGUUCUUCAAAAUUACAGAUGUGCUUCAGAUCAUAAAUACAUCCCUAGAGACUGGCAUUGUUCCUGUGUCCCUGAAAAAAGCUGUUGUAAAGCCCCUACUUAAAAAGAAUAAUCUGGAUGCUUCAGUAUUAAACAACUACAGGCCAAUAUCAAAUCUACCAUUCAUCGGGAAAAUCCUUGAAAAAAAUGUCUUCAAUCAAUUAACUGCCUUCUUGAUAUCAAACAGCUGUUUUGAUAACUUUCAGUCAGGAUUUCGUGCCAAUCAUAGCACUGAAACAGCGCUGAUUAAGGUUAUAAAUGACAUACGUCUUAAUACUGAUGCAGGCAAAACAUCGGUCCUGGUGUUACUGGACCUCAGUGCAGCUUUUGAUACUGUUGAUCACAACAUACUGCUAUAUCGACUUGAACACUGGGUUGGGUUGACUGGUAAAGUUAUCGAUUGGUUAAAAUCAUACUUAAAAGAUAGAAGCUUCUUUGUUACCAUGGGAAAUUGUACCUCAACAUCAAUGUCCUUGACCUGUGGUGUUCCCCAGGGGUCGAUUCUUGGACCAUUACUAUUCAACCUUUAUAUGCUCCCACUUGGACAAAUUAUCAAGAACAACUCAAUUUUGUAUCACUGCUAUGCAGAUGACACCCAAAUUUAUUUUGCUCU